UUUAAAUUCCCCGACCUGCCUUGAAAAUAGACAAUAAAUGCCCUUGAAAAAUAAAAUAAAAAUAUGUUAUGUAAGUCCCGGUGCACCCACCAAGCAGAGUAGAUGCCACAUGCGAUUCCACUCGGAUAUCAAAUUAAAUUAAAAUCCAUUUCAUUUUCUCCUCCAAAAGAUCUAUAAAAUUCUUGCUUUGUGAAUGAGAUAUUAUCGCAAACAAAUCUAGGCCGGAAGAGUAUUGCUUAUCUGAGAAUAAGGUGAAGAGAUCGAAUCCUGUAAUGGCUCCAAUUGCUGUUGGUGACAAGAUUCCAGAUGGAACCCUCGCUUACUUCAAUGAAGAGGGCAAUCUGCAGCAAGUGUCUGUUCACUCUCUCGCAGCUGACAAGAAGAUCAUUCUCUUCGGUGUUCCCGGCGCCUUCACUCCCACCUGCAGUCUGAAGCAUGUUCCGGGGUUUAUCGAGAAGGCCGAGGAGUUGAAGGCCAAAGGUGUUGAUGACAUAAUACUCAUUAGUGUUAAUGAUCCAUUUGUGAUGAAAGAAUGGGCAAAAACAUAUCCAAACAACAAGCACGUCAAAUUUCUUGCAGAUGGUUCUGCAAAGUAUACCUAUGCAUUGGGUCUGGAAUUAGAUUUGUCAGAAAAAGGACUGGGAAUCAGAUCCCGAAGGUUUGCUCUGGUUUGUGAUAAUCUUGAAGUCAAAGUUGCAAACCUUGAGGAAGGUGGAAGUUUCGAGGUUUCAAGUGCUGAUGGCAUUCUCAAAGUGCUAGGCUAGUGUUUUGGUUAUACGUAUAGCUGCUUAUUUUGAGAAUUUUGAAAUAAUGGCUUUAGGAACAGAUGGUUGUGGUAGUAUGGUAUAAGAUACUGAAAAGGACGUGAUAUAAUUGGUAUUUAUGAAUAAUAAGGCCUACUAACUAUUUUGAGUUUUCUGUGAGCUUUAUAAAUAAUAGUUUUAGCAUUCACUGGUUA